AUGCACCCUCCUCUUCACGUCAGCAAACAUCCCUACUGCAAGAAGGAGAUCGAAGCUCUCGUGGGUUGCCAUUCUGAGCACGCUCUUGCAAAGUUUGUAGGAAAGUGCAAUCAGCAUAAAUGGGAUCUUGACGCGUGCUUCAGAAGAGAGAAAGCGUUGAAGAGGUAG